GACGAGGUCCUCGCGUCCACUUCUCAUAGGUGCCCAGGCUGAAUUCUCGAUCCCCAAAAUACCACAUCACCCCGCCUAGCUUUACGAGUUAAAAGAACAUGGAGCUUCCCUUGUCACCGUAGCCGAAAAGCACCACCUACAACUACUUAUCUAUAAAUUACUGUCCGGGGGGCUGGCUUGACCCGGCAUCUCUCCAAGGUAUAAAUGCCCGGCGUGACAGCAUCGUCGGUAACGGCAACUUCAGUUCGUAGACCACGCGAGCCCCGUGAGAUCGCCACGCCACGGCCGCAUCAGCAGCUAGCAGGGUGUAUACUAUGGCUACCGCCUAAGCCUGAGUUACGAGAGGACUGCGGGUCUGACGUUGAGGCGGACCGAUGCAACCAUCCGGUGGUAAUCCUCUCACCACAGGCAGAAGAUGGAAAUGUGGUAUAUCUCAUGAUCACGUCACUAAAGGGGAAAGAGCUCAAGACUCGCUUUAAGCAUGAUCAGAAUCUUAGGCUUGAACACAUCCCUAUCCGGCCAAGCCACCCGCAUCCAGACAAUGGAAUGCUCCUCAGUCUCGAGGAUGUGACACUCGUGCUGCGGAAGAAAUCUUACGUCAAGACGAAGACGCAGUACCGCAUUCAGAUCGCUUCCCUACGGCCCUACGAGCGUCGAGGACCUGAGUAUAUUCUGUCGCGCAAAUCAUACCAAGAACUUAUCAAAUAUGCCAAGUUCACACCUCCGGCUCCUCACCCCUCCUUGAAUACAGUCUCUUCUCCUAGUCGUGUAUGGGGGUACGGUCAACCCGUGCCUAUUGCUCGGGAGCGUAGCGGUAGCUAUGGCGAGUACGUGUCUGCUCAGAGACGCUUGGAAAGUGCUGCAGUGAGCCCGCCCCGCGCCCACUAUGUGCCGACCACGAAUACGAAACCAUCCCAGUACGUUCGUACUGCUGCUCGGAGCGAACGAGAACCACUGCUCGCCCAAUCAUCGUACACAUAUUCUCGCAGUUCAAAUCCUAGCUAUCCAGGUAGCUAUUCAAACAAUAACCCGCCAUACACGUACAGAACCUCGGCCCAGGCCGGAUACCAGAGCUCGGCACCUCCGGAACCGUUCGACUCGGAGAGAGCCUGGAGGAGAAUAAAGAUACUCUUCUGGUUUUUCGUAGCGCUCAUAGGAGCGUAUGGAGCAUACCGUGGCGUGACCUGGCUAGUCGAUGUAGCUAAGCAGGCCAGCUUCGUGGUUCAAGGUGGCAUUGAGCAAACCAGAAAUAAAAUUGGCGUCUUUUGGUCAACCCUAGCGCAGCAAGGUACUCCCUAGGGCUCUUUCUUCCCCUUCCCCUUCUACUUCUACUUCUUAUAUUUUGGGGAGCUUGUGAGCUUUUCUGGUUAUAAUCUCACGACUGUAUGGAUGGAUAUGGAACGGGACCGGUAGCAAAACGGAAAAUGUACAAUUGGCAUUAUGUACUUGAAUAGGCUUAUAUAUGGGGAUCUUCACGAUAUGA